UGUCUGCAUUUAUUGGAAAUGAUGUCACCAUGCCCUGCCAAUUAAACCAUCAGCCAGAGAAUACAAAUAUUACUCAGGUUCAGUGGACUCUCCUGCAACCAGAACAAGAGGGAGUCCCCCUUAUUGUUUAUAACAGUCAGCUUGGGUUGAAUAUUCCCAAUUCUCCACUGAGCCAGAGGGUGAAGUUGGCAGGACAAUCGCUGAUUAUUAAGGCUGUGGAAAUGGAAGACGCGGGGUUGUACACCUGCAGCAUUUCCGCCUUUCCCAGUGGUAAAUUUGAAAGAAUCACCAAACUUGUUGUUGAAGGUGAGAUGGCGAGAUUACCAAAACUGAUCGCUUUUGGAGUAUUCUUGCUGAUAAAUGGUGCCAUGAUAGGCACGACUUAUUUCAUAAUUAGAAGAAGAAGACGUAACGUUGUCUUUGAGCAUCGGGUCUACACAGAUACAGUUGAAACAGUGAUGUUAGACUGAAAGAGGUACAAGAUCUUUUCUGCAGUGAUGUCGAGUUCAAACCAUCCUGAAAUGUACCUCAUCCUCCGCUGACAAGCAUAAAGAGACUCAGGAUGUUACACUUCAAAUGAAGAUACUCUUUUACAUUACUCAUUACAACAGUUACAUCUUCAUAGCAAUGGAUACAUAAAGUAAAGCCUACAAGAUGCUACUGGUCUAUAUUUCCCUUAAAGCUUUUUUUUUUUCUUGUCUCAAUGCAUGCCUGCCGAAAGGGUAGUAAAUGCAUGCUUGGUUCGGUGGUUUAGAGCAAACAUUGGCCAAUCUUUGCAUUACAGCAAAGUUUUUCAAUUUACAAUUUCACAAUUUGCCUAAAGAGAGGAAGUCACAGGAAGUACUCCUGCAUUGCACA